GUGGACGCAAUAUGAGGUAGCACAGUGAGUGCGAGGAAGUCAACACGAGGAAGUCGAGGUUUGGGUUUCCGAGAGUGCCAAGAUCGCGCACAGUUACAGUGCCGUUCGCGGUGGUGGAAUCUAGUUCUGCUGGGCGCGUCUGUUCCGUUGUGUACUGAUGUGGAUGGUUCGGUGUAGAAUGAGGAUAUUCAUUGCGGUUUUGUGUCACCUAGUAGUUCUUACAUACCGUGGAGUGUCAAGUGGUGACGGUGGAUUCCUUCAUCGGGGGGCCGAUGCCAAGGUGGAAACGCUGAAUGAUACGCGCAGCUCGCAGCGGGAAGUGGAUACCAUGAAUGGAAUCAACUACGAAGUUUAUGUAACACCGGUGAUGUCACAGUACGCGAAGCUGCGCUCCAGAAACCCACUGCUGUCCUGGUUGGCCAAUGUGCUGACGUUUGGCGGAGGGCAGACGGAGCCGCCGGAAACGAUCGUCGGGGCGUCCAAUUGUCCAAAGUGCACAUGCGGUGCUUCGCUGAUCACCUCUCGCAUUGUGGGUGGCCUGAAGGCGGACAUCAACGAGUUCCCCUGGAUGGCCAUGCUUCUGUACCGAGGUACUUUCUACUGUGGAGGAUCGCUGAUAACCGACCGGUACGUUCUGACUGCUGCCCACUGUGUCCAGAAUUUCAAACCGAGCCAAAUCGUCGUCAAGUUGUACGAUGCGCAACUUGCCACAAUGGUCCCAAAAGCGGUGGAAAAGCUGUACGGGAACAAAAGGUUCAGUUUGGACACAUUCAACAAUGAUAUUGCACUGGUAAAACUUCAGCACGCGGUUGACGUGAAGGAUAACUUCGUGACGCUGUGUUUACCGUCGCCCGGGAAAACAUUCGCCAGUAUGGAGGGUGUUGUAACAGGCUGGGGCAAACUGUCCAACGGGAGCUUGUCGCAUACAUUGCAGAAAGUCCAGGUGCCUAUCAUGACGAAUGCGGAAUGCAAACGGAGCGCCUAUCGAGCGACGAGAAUAACGGACAAUAUGUUAUGCGCUGGGUUUAAGGAGGGCGGUCGAGAUGCAUGCCAGGGAGACAGUGGUGGACCAUUGCAGAUCGGCGACGAAACCUUACGUGAAAUCGUCGGAAUCGUGUCAUGGGGAGAGGGAUGCGCCAGGCCAAACUAUCCGGGAGUCUACACCCGGGUGAACCAAUAUUUGCCGUGGAUAAAAAGUAAUGCAAAAGAUGGCUGUUUUUGUGAUCGACCGCUCGUAAUUCUGCGUGUAGCUUAUUUCGUGUCACGAAUGUCGUCGGUUAGAAAGCUUAUGGUGCUGAUUUGGCUGCUGGCCUUUGCAGUUGCAGGAACCCCGAACCAAUCAGGAGGUCGUGGAAGCAUCUGGAGCGUUUUUCGAUUGACGAAAGGCGAAAAUAAUUUCGAUGGUAAUGCUGCGGAUCACGGAAAUGGUACUGGAAUUGAACAGAUGUAUUCGAAGGCACCGUCAAAGAAUCGCGGAGUUUGGACAUGGGUAACAUCCAUUUUCGGAUUACCACUUGCCAGUGUUUUUGCAUAUCGCGUCGAAGCCCAAAACUGUGCACCAUGCUCUUGCGGCAUUAACACCAACACAUCUCGCAUCGUCGGUGGAAGGGAAUCCGCGGAGGAAAAGUACCCCUGGAUGGUCGCUCUGUACUACGACAAUAAGUUCAUCUGCGGCGGAUCGCUAAUCAACGAUCGGUACGUGCUAACGGCGGCCCACUGCGUCUUCAAUACCGAUCGGAACUUGUUCUCGGUGAAGUUUCUGCUGCACGACCGCGCUAACCCAGCGCAUGAAUCCUUCGAGCGGCGUGUGUCGUACAUUAUGACGAACUGGUUCGUCAACACGCUGGUGUUCAUCACGAACGAUUUGGCGCUGCUAAAACUGAACGAAACCGUCCCGCUCGGAGAUCACGUGUAUCCGGUGUGUUUGCCGCCGGAGGGUGAAGCGUACGCCGGAUAUGAUGGGAUCGUCACCGGCUGGGGUAAAUUGGGAAACCGAACGUUCCCCCGAACAUUGCAGGAAGUCACCGUACCGAUAAUGUCAUAUGAGGAGUGCUCGAAGCAGAGCAGUUAUUUUGGGUUCCAAAUCAACGACCGCAUGCUGUGCGCUGGUUACGCCGAGGGUGGUAAGGACUCCUGCCAAGGGGACAGCGGAGGUCCUCUGCACAUAAUCGAUCCGGAAAGCGAGAAAUACGUCAUCGCCGGGGUCGUAUCCUACGGGUUUGGCUGUGCGCAACCGAAAUACCCGGGGAUCUACGCCCGGGUGAACAGAUUCCUCUCGUGGAUCAACUUCAACACGCGGGAUGCUUGCUCCGCUACCGAGCUCCAGGAAAAGGAGAACUACUACAGCCAGCUGAAUGCUAUCGUAGAUAAUGUCCCCAAAGGUUAUAUUAAGAUCUACAUUGGUAACUUCAAUGCGAAGAUUGACUUUGACCAUUCGGACUAUGAGCGUGUCAUGAGCUGCCAUGGCCUAGAAGAGUUGAGCGAAAACGGCGAUCAACUUGUAGAAUUUUGUGGCAACAACGACAUGGAAAUUGAGGGACACUCUUUCCCCAACGACCAGGGACUCUUGCGACGGUUCCAAAUCAUCAUGCAAGUUCGGUUGGCGAUUGGAUUGAUCUGCUGGGUGCGGCUAGUGGUGAUGGCACUUCCGGCUGGCGGCGAUGGUUCCUGCAAUUGUGUAUGUGGCGUCAACGGUCGCUCAAACCGAAUUGUUGGUGGCGCAGAAGCACCAGCCCACGAGUAUCCUUGGCUGGCGGGACUAUUUCGCCAGGGGAAGCUGUACUGCGGGGCAUCGGUGUUGACCAAAAACUACGUGAUAACCGCGGCCCAUUGCGUUAACUCGUUCGAACCGAACGAAAUAAGGGUCUACCUUGGUGGACACAACAUUUCGAAGGACUACACGGAACUCCGACGGGUCAAGCGAAUCAUCGAUCAUGAGAGUUUCGAUAUUUUCACCUUCAACAAUGAUGUGGCUCUGCUUGAACUAGACAAACCAUUGCGCUACGGACCAACGAUUCAGCCGAUUUGCUUGCCGGAUGGAAGUGUAAGGGAUUUCACCGGAUCGCUUGGAAUCGUCGCUGGCUGGGGUCGUAUCGAAGAGAAGCUUCCACCAUCCAAAACUCUGCGAUCCGUAGUGGUUCCCAUCUGGUCCCAGCAGCAGUGUUUGGAUGCCGGUUAUAGUAGCAAAAAGAUCUCCGAGAAUAUGAUGUGCGCUGGUUUCCAUGACGGUAAAAAAGAUGCUUGCCAGGGAGACAGCGGUGGUCCAAUGCACAAAAUGGGGAACUCCGGCAGUAUGGAGGUCAUCGGAGUGGUCUCCUGGGGACGAGGCUGCGCUAGGCCGAACCUGCCCGGCAUCUACACUCGGAUUGUUAACUACUUGCCAUGGAUCCACGAAAAGCUGAGCGGGGAAUGUAUGUGUGUACCGAAAAAUGUUGCCGCGAGAAGUUUCGCAAUUAGCCUAGAAAUUAAUUUACCCGGUAUCGAUUGGACACAGAGCGCCUCGGAUUACUUGUAUCCAGUUCAUUCACAUUCUACUCUGAAUCGUUUGUCGGAACGGCUUCUUGAUAGUGUCAGCACGGCCGGUUUAUGUCAGAAGAAUCAUAUCUUCAAUAACAACAACCACAUUCUUGAUUUGUGUUUCAUCAGUUCAGAACUCGCUCACAACACGGUAGUCAUUGAAGCACCCGCUCCUCUGGUGAAAUUAUGUCGACAUCAUCCCCCACUUCUGAUAUCUAUAUCUAUUUCGCCACCGCUCGUCUUCGCCAACACUGCUGAAUCAACUUAUUACAAUUAUCGAAAAGCUGAUUACUCGUCAAUGAACCGUUUUUUUCUUGGUAUCAACUGGAAUGAUAUUUUGGAGAACCAGGAUAUAGACAACGCCACGUUAUCAAUGUCCAAUGUUUUACUUUACGCGAUUGAACAGUUUGUUCCCAAGAAGAAGGCUAAGAAGUCGCUCAACACUCCGUGGACAAAUGCUAAUCUCAAACGCUUGAAGUCACAGAAAAGAUCAUACCUUCGAAAAUUUGCUAAGUGUCGCAAUGAUUUUUGGAGAAGUCAGUAUUCUUUUGUGAACAGAACCUACAAACGCCUGAACAAAGUUUCACACGCCGACUAUUUAAAUGGCAUUCAAACGAAUCUGCGUGCUCACCCAAGUGGGUUCAGUGGUGUUUUUGUCAGUGAAAGUCUUGAUAGUGAUCAAGUCUCUGCAACCGUUAAAAAUGUACCCAGCCUGUCAUCGGUCGGAGCCUGCCCUAGGAUUAAUCGUAAUGUUGUACAAGAUGCCUGCUCUAGAUUGAAGAAAUCUACGAAUGUUGGACCCGACAGCAUUCCAUCUAUCGUACUGAAGAUGUGUUCCAGUAGCCUCUCGCUACCGUUGAGUAUUUUGUUCCACCGCUCCAUCCUGAGUGGGACUUUCCCGACUGCUUGGAAAAAUUCUUUUGUUUUCCCUGUCUUCAAAAAAGGCUCUAGGAAGGAUGUAACUAAUUAUAGAGGAAUCGCGUGCCUUUGUGCCAUCACCAAGCUAUUCGAAAUCAUCGUAUUGGAUUUUAUCACCCAUGCUUGCAACAAUUACAUCGUCGAGGAACAACAUGGUUUCGUGUCUAAACGGUCGACUUCCACGAAUCUUCUUCUGUACACAUCAUACAUCGCUCGUUCACUUGAACUGCGACAGCAAAUCGAUGCGAAAAAGCGCAAAAACGCUGAGAGAAUGAAGUGCAAUUUGUCUGUGAUAGUAACUACGCUCGUUGCGCUGCUUUUGGUGGUAGUUAGGAAGUGCAAUGCAGCGGCAGCGUGGAAUAACCAGAGUGACCUGGAUUACCGAGGAGGCCGAUUUCUGUUUGAUGCAAUAUUUGGCAUUGAAUCAGCGGCAUUCUCCCUGGAUGAAGAUGUACCGGACGUUUCUAAUCACGUGAAAAGCUGUGACUGUGAAUGUGGCACAGCGAACCAAGAGACGCGUAUCGUUGGUGGAAGACCAACAGGGGUAAACCAGUACCCUUGGCUUGCUCGACUGGUAUACGAUGGCCAGUUCCACUGUGGGGCUUCCCUGCUAACUCAGGAUUACGUACUUACAGCGGCUCACUGUGUGCGGAGGUUGAAGCGGAACAAAAUCCGAGUGAUUCUCGGGGACCACGAUCAAUUCCUCACCACGGAAACUCAGGCGAUCCAGCGUGCAGUUACGGCCAUCAUAAGGCACAGGAGCUUCGAUCAGAAUUCAUACAAUCACGAUAUAGCGCUGCUGAAGCUGAGAAAGCCGGUGGAUUUCACGAAAACUAUCAAACCGGUUUGUCUGCCUAAGGAACGUAGCGAACCGGCGGGUCAAACUGGCACUGUGGUUGGCUGGGGACGGACAGCCGAGGGCGGAACCCUGCCAGGAAUCGUACAGCAUGUGGACGUACCCAUUCUAACGCUGGACCAGUGUAGGAGUAUGAAAUACCGAGCAUCACGGAUAACUUCGAACAUGCUGUGUGCGGGCAAAGGAAAGCAGGACUCUUGCCAGGGUGAUUCCGGGGGACCACUGCUGGUGCGGCAUGGUGACAAACAUGAAAUCGUGGGCAUCGUUUCCUGGGGCGUUGGUUGCGGUCGAGCCGGCUAUCCGGGAGUUUACACGCGAGUCGCCCGCUAUCUGCCAUGGAUACGAGCGAAUAUGGACGACACAUGUUUGUGUAAUAAGUUUCUAAUUUCGCAUCAAGUGGAAACUCAACUCAAAAUGAAGUGUUCCAUCACAGCUAGAUGGUCCCAGAUAGUGUACGUUGGUAUGCUUCUGUCGGUUCUUUUGGUGUCCGCCGUGGAUAGCAAAUUGGCCGCUCGAGGCAAGUACGAGAUGAAGGCAACUCCGAAUAAAAAUACCGACGAGAGGAGUAUCGUGGAUAACGCAAAGCUGAUGUUCGGCGCAGGCUCCAAUAAAGCACCGGCUCACGAUACGCCAUCGAGUGCAUGCAGCUGCCGCUGUGGAGAGCGUAACGAUGCUUCGCGAAUCGUCGGUGGAGCACCCACAGGGAUCAACGAGUUUCCCUGGAUGGCACGGUUGAGCUACUUCAAUCGGUUCUACUGCGGCGGGAUGCUGAUUAACGAUCGCUACGUGCUGACGGCAGCGCACUGUGUUAAAGGCUUCAUGUGGUUCAUGAUCAAGGUCACAUUCGGUGAGCACAACCGUUGCGAUGACUCGGUCCGGCCGGAAACCCGAUUCGUGCUGCGUGCCAUCGCUCAAAAGUUCAGCUUCCUCAAUUUUGACAACGACAUUGCGCUGCUGCGACUGAACGAUCGCGUUCCCAUCACGGACUUCAUCCGGCCAAUCUGUCUGCCAACGGAUCCAUCGAAAACAUACGUCGGUACAAACGGAACCGUGACGGGCUGGGGCACGCUCAAGGAGGAUGGCAAACCGUCCUGCACGUUGAUGGAGGUCGAAGUUCCCGUCAUUUCCAACGACGUGUGCAGCAGCGAGACGAACUACACCUCGUCGAUGAUCACCGAUAACAUGAUGUGCGCCGGGUAUCUGGGCGUCGGUCAACGUGACUCCUGCCAGGGCGACUCCGGGGGUCCAAUGGUCGCUGUACGACCGGACAAGCGCUACGAGCUGAUCGGGGUGGUAUCGUGGGGCAAUGGCUGUGCACGACCUUACUAUCCGGGCGUUUACACCCGGGUGACGCAGUAUUUGGACUGGAUCAAAGAAAACUCGAAGGAUGGCUGUUUCUGUAGUGAAUAAAGGGAACCGUUAGAUCGAAUGGCAAAGAAGUGGUGUUCGUAUGAUAAUAUAAAUAGCAGUAUUCCACUGAAGUAGUUAUAUCUGUCGAUCUUGUAGGAUUACAUGGACCUAGUCUCGAACAAAACGAACAGUGUUUCAGGGGUUAUUUCCUUUUACUCGGUUGAAAAAAUACGUGCGAAGUAACUUUCAUGUCUUAGAGAUACGAGCUUAAUGAAAACGUAAAUAGAAACGUAACUCGAAACACGAUAAGACUUGUAGAAAACAGAAAAAAAAAUGCUGCGAUAGACAUAAGGUAUAAGUAACGAUACUAAUUUAUAGAAACAAUGUAUGUGAAUAAAAUAUAAACUUGAAACGAAUACAGAG